UCAUGUCACUGUACCAGAAGAAAGGGGAGAGGCACGUGGUUAAGCUGGCAGGGUGGAUUCCACCAGUCUGACUACAGUUCCUUUUGCGAGAAGAGCUCAGACCCACAGCAAGGAAAUUGACCCCGAAGAUGAGACUCCCGGAUAAAAUGCUGGCCAGCUUGCUUGUGAUUUUCAGCUUUUCCACCAAAGGUGCAGCUUCCUGGGGUACGAAGGUCUCCUCGGAUCCGGAGGUCGUCUGGGGGGCCUUGGAUCAUGACGUUGAACUACGCAUCCCGGAUUUCUCAAUGAGUGACGAUACCGAGGAUAUACGCUGGGUCAGAGAAGAAAGCAGGGUUGCACAGUUCAAAAAAGACAAGGACACCUACAGUCUCAAUGGGACUUAUGAGCUCGUUGGAAAUGUAACUCUGAAAAUUAAACAACUAAACAGACAUUCUAACAGUAGCUACAAGGUUAUCAUAUAUAAUACAAAAGGAGAGUGUGUGUUGGAAAAAACGUUUGAUUUGAAGGUUCAAGAGAUGGUCUCCAAACCAGAGCUCUCCUGGAAUUGCAGCACUGCAACUCUGACCUGCGAAGUGGUGAGAGGAACCGACGUCGAGCUGACGCUGUCUCUGGAUGGGAAAUCUCUCAGAACACAGCAGAAGAUCAUCACGCACAAGUGGGCCACCAGCUGGAGCAUGACAGCCAACUGCACAGCAAAUAACAGGGUCAGCGAGGAGUCCACUGUGGCUGUUGCCAACUGUUCAGGAAAGGGACUGCACAUCUACCUCAUCACUGGCAUCUGCGGGGGAGGCUUCCUCUUGAUGGUCUUUGUGGUGCUGCUCGUUUUCUGCAUCAGCAAGAGGAAAAAACAGAACAGCAGGAGAAGUGACGAGCAGCAGGAGAUGAGAGCGCAGAGAGCAGCGACCGAGGAAAGGGCCCGGAAGCUCCCUCCAAUUCCAGCCUCCACGCCUGCAAAUCCAGCAGCUGCCCAACCUCCCCCACCACCUGGGCACGGCUCCCAGGCCCCUGGGCAUCGUCCCCUGCCUCCUGCCCACCGUGCCCAGCACCAGAAGCAGAAGAGGCCGCCUCCGUCGGGCACGCAAGGUCACCAGCAGAGAGGCCCUCCCCUCCCCAGACCCCGAGUUCAACCAAAACCUCCCCAAGGGACUGCAGAAAGCUCAUUGGCUCCUUCCUCUAAUUAGAAGAAAUGGACCUUUCCCUUCGUGGAUUUCUCCGCUCUGGGGGGCGUGGCCACACCGCCAUCAGGUGGUCCCUGCACGCACGACGUCACCGACUCCCAAGGCUCGUGGGCCUCAGCCACGUGGGCUGCUCAGGCUGCCGUCUGCAGCCACUGGUCUCCUGGUCGCACUCGGCCGCCCUAGAAAGGGACAAACUCGAAUUGUGGUUGUGAGGACCCAGCUGGUCUAGUGCUCUCCUGGUCUCCCUCCAGACCGCGUGCGAGCAUGCUAGGGCGGGCUGGGGGACUGUGGGGCCUGGGGCUCCCUAAAGGGAGCCCCGUGUGCUUGAGGUCCUCUCUCCUGUGUCCUGGUGGACGCUCGCUCGCUGUCCUGUGAGCAGAAGGGAAAUAAACGCUUUGGUUUCA